CUCAGAUUCCUCCCGGCGGAAAUUAGUGACGGACCUGUUCGGUCACGUUGAAGCUUCUCGAUAUUAAAUAAUAAUAAUAAUAAUGUUUUGUAAGAAAUUUCUACGGCUUAAUAACUUUGUAUUUAAAUACAGGUUCAAAUGGCUGAAAUCUGUUGUAAAAUAUCCAACAAAUGAAGGUCUGAGUCGUUCCCACGGCAGCUGGAUGGGACAUAAACAACACACACACACUAUGAGCAACACGACAUGCGUUCCAUCCUACAGUGUCCGACUCCUUUCUUCCAGCACUCUGGACCCUGCUGAGAUCAGAAAGUUCCAGGUUCUGGCCAAUAAAUGGUGGGAUAUACAAGGUGAAUUCGCACCUCUACACGCCAUGAAUGAGCUCAGAGUUCCGUUCAUACGUGAUAACCUGUUGACUGUUCACGGUGAGGGUGAGAUGGGUCGCCCUCUGGCUGGGCUCAGGAUACUGGAUGUGGGCUGUGGUGGUGGUCUGCUUACUGAGCCUUUAGGGAGAAUGGGUGCUGAGGUGUUGGGUGUCGACCCGGUGGAGGUGAGCGUGAGGACAGCGGAGCUGCACUCGUCCCUCGAUCCUGCGCUCAGAGGACGAGUGCGGUAUCGCGCAUGCACCCUGGAAGACCUGACUGAGGAAGAUGAAAACAAGGAAGCAUUCGAUGCGAUCGUGGCCUCGGAAGUAGUUGAACACCUGGCGGAUCUCGACACCUUCGUCCACUGCUGCUACCGCAUGCUGAAGCCAGGAGGGUCUGUGUUCAUCACCACUAUCAGCCGGACUCAGCUGUCAUACAUCCUGGGAAUCGUGAUGGCUGAGCAGGUGCUGCGUAUCGUACCACGAGGGACACAUCAGUGGGACAGGUUUAUCAGUCCAGUGGAGCUGGAAACACUGCUGGAGUCUUCUGGACUGAGUGUUCAGACCGUGACAGGAAUGAUGUAUAACCCUAUUUCCGGAUGUUGGAGUUGGCAGCAGAGCACAGCCGUGAAUUAUGCACUACACGCCAUCAAACAGAAGGAGGAGCCACCACAUCAGACCCCUGCUGAUGAUUAGACUUUUGUCGAUAUUGAGUUUCUCAGUGUAGGGUUUGAAUAGACAACUUGUACAACAUAGUAGAAAUAAAAGAAAUUCACAUGCUUUAGCCUCAAGACAUUCAGUUCGGCGAUCUCGUUUCCAUAUAAACGAUUACAUCGAAUCUAAAAACAUGUCAACGCCAAAUAAAUCUAUAACUACGUAAUUGUAUGAACAAGAAUCUUUUCCACCUUAAGCUACGUCUCAGCUCGUAUCAUACGAUGUCAAAUCAAACGGACGCUAAAGCACGUCGUCGUUAAUAUAUUACAUUUAUGGUAAAGAGAAUUCUGUCUACAUUUCAGUGGUAAAUAAUAAUAUCGUUUGUACUUUAAAUUCAGUUGUAAAUAAAAAGUGUUUUGUGCA